AUAUUUGAUCGAUCCAGGAUGGCCCCAAAGACUCCAAUUAAGAAUGAACCAAUUGAUCUAUCGAAGCAAAAAGGCUGCACGCCGGAAAGAAAUCCAAUUACACCUGUUAAGAUCAUUGACAGACCUCAGCCUGAUCCCUGGACCCCUACUGCUAACCUGAAGAUGCUUGUUAGUGCUGCUAGCCCUGACAUGAGGGACAGAGAGAAGAAAAAAGAGCUCUUCAGACCCAUAGAAAACAGUGAGCAGAGUGACACACCGGAUUCAUUACAGUAUGAUAUAGUAGACGACACCACGGUUGAUGAAUUUGAAAAGCAGAGGCCCAGCAGAAAACAGAAAAGCUUAGGACUUUUGUGCCAAAAGUUUCUAGCUCGCUAUCCAAAUUAUCCAUUGUCAACAGAGAAAACUACCAUUUCUUUGGAUGAAGUGGCUUCAGUUCUUGGAGUUGAACGGAGACGAAUUUAUGAUAUAGUGAAUGUCCUGGAGUCAUUGCACUUGGUUAGCCGUGUGGCCAAGAACCAGUACUGUUGGCAUGGCCGGCACAACCUCAGCCAAACUCUGAAAAUGCUUCAGGAAGCAGGAGAGCUGCAGUAUGGAGAGGUAAUGACCUUCCAGCACAAGGAACAGGACUUAGAGUACAAAUUUGGAGAACGGAAAAAGGAAACUAUUCCUCAUUCCCAAGACAGACCAUUACUGGACUUUUCAGAACCAGAUUGCAGCUCUGCAUCUGCAAACAGCAGAAAGGACAAGUCAUUGCGGAUUAUGAGCCAAAAGUUUGUCAUGCUGUUCCUUGUCUCCAAGACCAAGAUAGUCACUCUGGACAUCGCAGCAAAGAUACUGAUAGAAGAAACCCAGGAUACAGUGGACCACAGCAAAUUUAAAACAAAGGUACGAAGACUGUAUGAUAUUGCCAACGUUCUCACCAGCCUAGGCUUGAUCAAGAAAGUUCACGUCACCGAGGAACGAGGACGCAAACCAGCCUUCAAGUGGAUUGGGCCUGUGGAAUUCUCUGGAAAGACUGAUGAGCUGAGAGGGCAUAGCCCAACAUCUGAUUCUCUGCCAGGGACAGAGAGAGGAGCCUGUGCCCAGUAUCAGAUCUGUGCUACUGGAAAGCAAAGGUUUACGCGUCACGCUUCAUUUAAUGGUGCACAGCCUUUUGAAGGGACCAGAAGGAAGGUCAGCUCUGAGCCCAACAGCCCACAUCAAGAGAGGGAAGACGGUAUUGUGAAUUCAGAUGAAUAUUGCUCCAAAAUGAUAAAUCUAGCAGCUGUCUGCAGGCAGAAAAUAGAGGAAGAUGCUAGGAAUAAAGCUUGUGACACAGAAACUAUACUAAAUUCAGCAAGGAACUCAAGCAUAACCUCACCUUUCUCCCUUAUUCCGGUUCCUGGGGACUCUGAUUUUUGUGUUAACCCUUUGCCUCAGGCUGUUUUCCCUGUGGUUCAUACAGAGGUGCCAAGCCUCUCACUACCAGUUGGCAUCAGCAGCCAAGCUCCACAUCCUUCCAUGCCUGCAACUUCCAAAACAGAAAAUGGAAAAGCUACCCUGAUUCCCAACCAACCCUUCUUGUGCUUCCCAUCUUCAUCCCUUUUUAUGUUGUGUGGUGGUCUUCUGGAAAAUAACUUGAGCGAGACCCUCCCCACUGCAGGAGACAAGGGAGGCAGGAGUGCCGAAGCUCAGGCUGCUGUACCUUCAGCUGUCUGCAAAAAACACAGCUCCCACAAGUGCACAUCACCCUCAUCACCUGCAGAUGAUGAAGAGCCACCUGCUAAAAAGCAGACUAUGGAGCAGAGUGAUCUGCCCCUCUCACUUGUAGUACCCAAGAAGCCUUUUGAGUCACCCACGGCUGAAUCUACCCCAGGAAAUGGCUGUCCCUCUGCUGUACAUCUAGAAACUUAUCGUCUUGACCUCACAAGUCCUGCUGCUCCAGAGGCUGCAAGCAAGGAGUCUUUAGAUUGUCAGGAGCAACAAAAACGAUCUCAGAACACAGACCCUGAUGAACCCCCUCCAGGAAAUGAGCAUAUCUCUAAAGAAAAUGCCAAUCAACCUUUCCAACCACAAUAUCUUUAUUUUCAGCCUACCACUGGACUAAGCAGUUUUAAUUUCCUGUUCUCUGCAAACCAAGCCCCUGGUGCCAUAAGCCUGGCUUCGAACCAGUUACCUUCUCUAAGUGUACCCUGUGUCAUGGUGCCAUCGGCAGCCUUGGGUUCCUUCCCUCUCGUCUGUUCCCCCUCAUUCACCAGUCCUGUUUCCCCAGUUCCUGAUGGUUCAUUCUCAGCUGGUGCCUCCAUGAAUUGCAGUAUGUCCAGCCUGGCAUCAACAACCCCUGUUUUCAUAAGCACCACAGCAGUGGUCACCCCCAAGGUCUCACCUGCCCCUUCUGUGGAUCUACAGCAACCAGCUCACCCUGCUCUGCACCUGAGUCCUGUGCUUACAAGAUCUUGCAGUGCUGUUAAACUGGACUCCCCCAUGUGUGUGGGGCACCCAGUGACCCUUCUGAAGCUGCAGCAGCCUUCAUCAACUCCCCUCACUCCCAAGAGCAUUCGUCCUGCACAUCAUGAGGCGUUUUUCAAAACUCCCGGAAGUCUUGGAGACCCUGUGGCUUGGAAGAAAAAUGAAGGCAACCAGAUCAGAAAUGCCAGCUCUGUGCAGAGGAGACUGGAAAUCUCUGGUACCAGCCCUGACUAAUGCCGCUCUUUGCGAAGAGUGGACAGAUUGGCUUAGGACCCUGUAUUGAUUAUAAGAGAACAAGCUCUUACCUGGCAAGAGGAGCACGUUAAAAUGUCACCCCUUUCGGCAUGCUUCCCCAUGUACCCACUGGUUCUGUUAACCAUCUUCUUCACAAAUCAUCCUUGGUACUGAAAUCCUUUUACUGAAUUGUUCCUUCAGUACUGAUUUGAAUUCAGAUUCUGUGCUUCACACAGCCUUGUGGGCAUCAAAUUUUAUUUGGGAUUUUAAUCUAUUGCUGUGAGGAGAUGCAAAGAGAUUUUGGAGUCCCCAGGGGUUCUUUAUUUGUGGUUUUAAGUGAGAUGUCUAGCACUUAUCUGGGGUAAGCAUUUUAUUUGCAUGUACUCUACUUACCCUGAGUAAAUCUGUGGUGAAAAUGAUAAACUUCUGCAGUGGUGAGAACAACUGCUUCCUUGGUUCCAAUCUGUCAAAUCCUACCUCCGCAGUGCAGCCUCUUUGCUAUUUAUUUUGUAUGUUGGAGUGGGAUUAGUGCAAAAAAGGAUUUUUGCAGCUUCAGAAUAACAGAUUUUCUCAGGGUAGGAUUACUUGAAUGUCAGUUGGUUGUUGUACAAUUUGCCCAGCACUUGUGGUUAGAAAAACCUAAUAAUAACACAGUAUGAUUGAAUGUAUACAUAUGAAAAAUAUUACGACCAAAAUAACUGUGAAUGUUAACAUUUUUAUAGUUGUGUUAAUGAACUGUUAUUAGUCCU